UGGUUUUUCGACGGUCGGCGAAAUACAUGCGUUUCGCGAUGUGUCCAGAUAGUGUCGGGCUACUUGACAGGUCCUCUAGAUGGAAAGUUGGAAGUCUAGAUUGUAUAGUUGGAAAACAAUUAAGCAGUUAUUUAUGCUGUGGAAAAUGCACACACAGUUUGUACUAACUGUUCGAGAAAAAUGGACUUCACUAGCGACUACGCGCAUCGGCGUAUGGUGAAAUUUCUGACGACAACACUGAUUGUUUUUAUGACUGUGUUUGGACUUUUGGCCAAUCGCUAUCGCCGUGACAGCCGUGAGAGAUUCCGCUCCUCAAAGGCAUACCUGGCCUUCGCUUCGCUAUGGACAGUUGCAUUCAGCUUGGUUUACGGACGGCAGAUCUACAAGGACUACCAGCAGGGCCAGAUCAACCUGAAGGACGCCACCACUCUGUACAGCUAUAUGAACAUCAUUGUGGCUGUUAUUAACUAUGUGACACAGAUGAUAAUCAGUGACCAUGUGGCCAAGAUGAUGAGCAGAGUGCCCUUCUUUGAGACCCUAAGAACACUACGUCUGGACAGUAGGUCGCUGUACAAAUCCAUAGCUUUGGCCCUGGUCAAGACCGUUGCUUUUCCCCUGACAAUUGAAGUGGCUUUUAUACUGCAACAGAGGCGGCAACAUCCCGAUAUGAACUUGAUCUGGACCAUUUACCGGCUGUUUCCAUUGAUUAUAUCGAAUCUUCUGAAUAACUGCUACUUUGGGGCAAUGGUGGUGGUGAAGGAGAUGCUAAACGCGCUGAACACCAGGCUGGAUGCGCAGCUGCAGGAGGUGAAUCUACUGCAGAGGAAGGACCAGCUAAAGUUGUACACUAGAUACUAUCGCAUGCAGCGAUUUUGCGCCUUGGCGGAUGAACUGGACCAGCUGGCGUAUCGCUAUAGGCUGAUAUAUGUGCAUUGCGGAAAGUAUCUGACUCCAAUGUCCUUGUCCUUGAUUCUGUCGCUCAUCUGCAACCUGCUCGGGAUAACAGUGGGCUUUUACAGUCUGUACUAUGCCAUAGCGGACACCUUAAUUAUGGGCAAGCCGUACGACGGACUUGGAUCGCUGAUCAACGUGGUGUUCCUGUCCAUCUCGCUGGCGGAGAUCACAUUGCUCUCGCACUUGUGCAACCACCUACUGGUGGCCACCCGAAGAUCGGCUGUUAUUCUCCAGGAGAUGAAUCUGCAGUAUGCGGACUGUCGCUAUCGUCAGGCAGUCCAUAGCUUCACCCUGCUGGUCACGGUGACCAAGUACAAGAUUAAGCCCUUGGGCUUGUACGAGCUGGACAUGCGAUUGAUCAGCAAUGUCUUUUCGGCGGUGGCCAGUUUCCUGCUGAUCCUUGUGCAGGCCGAUCUGUACCAGCGCUUCAAGAUGCACUAACUAAUCGAA